AUGGAAAAUCUGAAUGCGUGUUACGAAAGAUCUUGGGCGGCAUAUCUAUCUUUACAGCGAAGAAACUUGCAAGUUUGUCUUUUUGUUAAAGUAGUCACAGGUGUUUCUGUUGUGCUGAUUCUCACACUAAACCUUUUAGAAUCUGCAAUCAUUGCAGACAUCCAUUUUCUCUACAACUACCCCCCUCUCUCUCUCUGUCUGUCUCUCUCUCUAACUCUCUCUCUCUCUCUCGAAAGCAUAUAUAUUUAUUUACAUCUACCUGCCUUUAAUACAUUUCCUAAUAUCUAUCUAUCUAUCUAUCUAUCUAUCUAUCUAUCUAUCUAUCUAUAUGCAUGCAUUAGAAUCUAUCUAUCUAUCUAUCUAUCUAUCUAUCUAUCUAUCUAUCUAUCUAUCUAUCUAUCUAUCACAGUCUGUUCAUUAUCUAUCUAUCUAUCUAUCUAUCUAUCUAUCACAUUUUGUCUGUGCAUCUAUCAUAUUUCGUCUCUGUCUCUUUCUCUCUCGUAUGUAUCUCAUUAUGUUCAUAUCUAUCUAUCUAUCUAUCUAUCUAUCUAUCUAUCUAUCUAUCUAUCCAGGCACACAGAAAUAUCUAUUGCAUCUUAA